AUGCCUCUCAACCAUCCGAUAUACCAUAAGGAUGAGACUGUGCUAUGCUUUCACCAUGAUAUCCUCUACGAAGCAAAGAUAAUAGCAUUGCGGCUUAGUGAUCCAGAAGAUCGAAAGAGCCCUUACGAAUAUCGUGUUCAUUACAAGGGCUGGAAACAUACAUGGGAUGACUGGGUUUUUCAAGAUCGACUUCGAAAAGCUACAGAGGACAACAAAGAGCUCGCCGCUACGUUGAGACGUGAGGCAGAGGCAGCCUCGCGCAAGAAAUCUAAAAAGAAAAAGUCUGCAGCAGCUUCUGAUCCGGGUUCCACCAUCGGAAACGAUGACAGACAAUCAUCCAUCCCAGCCAGGGGAACGAAACGGGGGAGAGACACGGAGAUCGAAAAGGAGGAUGAAUUCAAUGCACGCCCAUCUAUUCGCAUAGUAAUACCAGAUAACCUCAAGGCGCUCCUUGUGGAUGACUGGGAAUAUGUAACUAAAAACAACCAGCUUGUUCCGCUUCCAGCGAAAGGACCGGUUUCCACCAUACUCGAUCAUUACUUUGAAGAAGAAAAACCCAAACGGGCCAGUGCUUCGGAUAUUGAUGUGCUCGAAGAGGUAGUGGCCGGGAUUAGAGAAUACUUUGAAAAGUCCCUCUCUAAGAUUCUACUUUACCAGUUUGAGAGACAACAAUACCAAAUGAUCAGCAAUAAAUGGGAAUCUGGAGCUGAAGGAUACGUCGACAAAGGGCCCUGUGAGGUGUACGGUGCUGAGCAUCUUGCACCAUCUCUACCUGAGCUUAUUGCUCAGACAGGGCUGAGCCAGCAGGCUACGCAGAGAUUACGUGAGGAAUUGUCAAAGUUCUCUAUGUGGCUUAGCAAACAUUCUGACCGUUACUUCUCUGCCAAAUAUGAUGCUCCAAGCAAAGAAUACAUUGACAAGGCCAAGGGGGUAAAUAGCCAGGAUGCUCCUGGCACCGCCACGGCCCGCCUCUUUGAAAUGGACAAGCAAGAGAAAUCCGACUAG